CCGCACUGCCCAUCAUGAACCCGACGUACUGAAAUCCGCCUUUGCCGGACCUAUCCCAUGACAUAGCAUCUCCCAGACUCCAAGCCAGCGAGAAACAAAACCUCUCCCCUUUCCUCUCUUCAACUGCCAGUUGCUGGCAUCUGUUUUCUGCCAAUUACUCAAGUCUAUUUUGCUGGCCCCGCUUUCUUCAAACAUUUCGUCAGAUAUCUAGGCAGGUUUGGUGGUAUGAUGGUCGAUGAGGAGGGAAGGCGUUCGCGACGGCCAAGGGUACGGGCUAUCGGUGCUCUGGGCGUGUCUUUCAACUUCCUCCAAGUUGCCCUGAGGUUCGCGACGUGUCUCUAUGAGGUGGGAUUGAUUGCUUUUAUCGCGUGGCUGUAUGAUCACUGGAGACGGGAAGAAACUGCGAGGGUCGAUUUCCUCUUUCCGUCGUUCUUCCCGCUUGGUGUUGGUAUUUUGGUCGAUGCAUACGAAUUUGUGUCGUUGCUUUGGUUCGAUCGGAGACGGGCUAUUAAUCCCGUUGCUGUUGGAUUCGACGUUGCUCUAACAGGAACGGGUGUCUUUUGUUUCUCGAUCUUGAAUAUGGUGGACGAUAGGCCGAAGUGGAACUUCAACGGGCCUGACCGCCGCCACCAAGCUUGGGUUUUGGACAUGAGAAAUGCAAUGAUAUUCAUGGUAGUCUAUUCAAUUCUGCAUGCCACCUUUGUGGUCCUGGCAGCAGCGGGCGUUGUCAAAAUGUACAGGGAUAUUGGAAAGACACGGAAGGCGAGACGACUGGCGGAAGCCCAGUUGCAGAUGCUGCAGUUCAGCCAAGUGGCAAGGCCUGACAAACGGACAGAUGCUGCAGCUGUUACAGAGGUACCGAUAGAUCCUCCAACAGCUGUUCACUUGGAUACAUCAAGGGACCCAUAGUUUGAGAUUCCUCACAUUCACAUGAAAUCAUAUGGCAUUGAUCUGGCGUAUGAUAUUCAGGCAUGACCAACCUGAGGUACGUAUGCUGUCAACGGACACCACAGGCGAGGCGGGCUGCAACCAAGGGGGCGGAUACCACACAUGUUCCCUCCAGGGCCAAAGCAGCUGGAAGGGGAAAGGAGGGUACGAGGGAGGACCUUCCUGAGCACCUCGUCCUUGGGGAGUCCGCAGCGUAGGUCGACAAGUGGUGGAAGUACCUUGGUACCAGACCUGAGCCUUGUCUUAGGUAAUGAAGGUCCUCGCAGGCAACAGUCCCUGCACUGUUUUGUGGACUGGGACGCAUUCGAAAUUCUUCCACCUUUCAGUCUUCUGCCUCGAUUUCGCCUCUCACCACCCACCUCCUCAUCAUCCACAUUCCACUUGGCAGCGAUUCCACCAUGUCAUUCCGUCACCCCAUCACUCCAUCAUUCCAGCUAAAGUUCAUUGGUGUCUCGCCUUUGGCUUGAGUCUGUAGGUUGCCCUGUACUUAAACCGUGGCUUGUUUGUCGCUAAUGAUUCAGGUGGUGGUUCAAGUGGUGGUUAAAGCAUGGGCUGUGUCGACAACGGGGACACAUGUACCAGCUUGAUUUUGUCCCCAGCCCAGCCCGAUUUCAUCCCCAGAGCUCACACUGAGUUCGCAUUGCCAAGACAGGGUUGACCUCCGGAGGGGAUGGUCCCAGUGGCAGCAACGGAUCCCGAGCCUGAGUCCACAUCAGUCUUGCUCAAUGUUAUGAGUCCACAUCGGUCUUUACUCCAGUGUCAUGACCUUUCUGUCUAUCGAGAGGCGUCCACACCCAAGCUCAGGGCCUACAAGCAGCCCCGAUGACGAGGUUGACAACAGGGAGUUUGCUGGGUAACUGGCCAGCAUCAAGCAGGGCACCAACCUGAAUGCCACCGAGAAGGCCGACGAGAAGAGACAAAAGUCGGUGAAGCAGUCUCGUGCUCAGGUUAUCGACGAGAAGCCCAAGGAGCCCAAGGGCAGAAGAUUGUCAUGGUGGUGUAUCAUAAUUCAUGUACAUAGCGUCUGUUGUAUCUAUACAGGGAAAGCAAGAGAAAAGAGCAUCUUAGG